AUGCUGUCACUACCAAUGAUCCCACCGCACGAAAACACAAUCGAGCAGCGCAAACUAAACGUCCGCCGCUUCGGCGCCGGCUGGAUCCGGCCCCCAGGCGUCCAGAAGACGCUCCAAGCCACGCAAGACGAGCAGCUCGAAAAAGAAGAGCAGGAAAUGAUGCAGCGCCGCGAACAAGUCAUGAUGGACCUGGCUGCUGCGCAACAAGAUGCCGCCAAUGCCGAGGCGCGUGAGGAAGGCGAGGAGAUGGGCGAGGAUGACGAAGAGCAGCGCGAUCUUGAUGACGAAGUGCCCGAAGCGGAAGCUAGCGAUGCGUCGAGCUCUGAUGAGGAACCGAGUGAUAGUGAGGAGGAGAACGAUACUACUGUGCCGUUUAACGAGGACUCGUUUAUUGAGGGCAGCAUGCUUGAGGCCGAGGUCAGUCAUAUGCUCGAGAUGGAAGAGGCGGAGAUGGCGGGCGUGUUGCAGGAUGAGCGCGAUUUAGACGACGAUGUUCCUGAGGCGGGCGAGUAUGAGCACACGGAUUCGGAGCUGGAGGACGACAGCGAUGAGGAUGAUACAGGGCGCAUACAGGGUCUGAGUUCUGCGCGGAGUCGGCGGAGUCGAAGGGUGAGCGGUAUGAGUAGGAGGACGAGUGGGCGGAGGAGUUCUGGGCUGCCGAGUGGGUUUUCGGGCGCGCAGCCUGCUGGGCCGUCGAUGGGGGUUGUCCGGGGGAUCGAUCUUGGUGUGGACCUGGGGAAUGGAAGGAGUAGCUUUGGGAUGGAUGGCAGCAGUUCGAUCAUGGAGGGGAGCUCGUUCUUGAGGAGUUCACCGGCUGCUGCUGCUUCGAGGGGAAGUUUACGAGAUCGGUUCUUGGGCGCUGCGAGGGGUGGGAGGAGAGGAUGA